CAUCCCUCUUUGGGUGAGGGAGGGGUAUCUGCACGAGUCUUAACUGCGUUGUUUGGGGAUUACAUCACUACAUCGUCAGAGGGUGUUCAGUCAGUGAGCAGAGACGAAGAAGAGCACAGUCAGUCAGAGGUCUUUUCUGACAGUUUAGCCAGACUCUGCAAGAACUACACCAGAUCACCAUUUACUGGUUAAGACAGAACUAGACAACCUACUGCAGGACGACACACGGGCAUCAUGACACAGGGCAAGCUUUUACUUGCAAACAAGACCGCCAAUGGCUCCUCCAGUGAACAAGUCUUAGUGUCACCAGUUCCUCCCAGCUAUGAGGAAGCCACUGCAAGCACCAGUGCACCUUGCUAUAAUGAUGUUGAGAUGCUCACAGAGUUCACCUGGGAUGAUCGCAACAUCAGGAGGGUCUUCAUCCGUAAGGUGUAUGCCAUCUUGAUGAUCCAGCUUUUGGUCACUCUCGCUAUUGUGGCUCUUUUCACAUUCUGUGACCCCGUGAAGGACUACAUUCAAAGCAACCCUGGGUGGUACUGGGCCUCUUAUGCUGUGUUCUUUGUCACAUAUCUGACCCUCUCUUGCUGCUCUGCACCAAGGAGACAGUUUCCAUGGAAUCUGAUUCUGCUUAGCAUCUUUACAUUGUCGCUCUCCUACAUGACAGGGAUGUUGUCCAGCUUUUAUAACACCAAGUCAGUGGUGAUGUGUCUGGGCAUCACAGCAGCAGUCUGCCUCCUGGUCACCAUCUUCAGCUUCCAAACUAAGUUUGACGUGACAUCCUACCAAGGCGUGCUCUUCGUCUUCUGCAUGGUCAUGUUCGUCUCUGGACUGGUGUUGGCAUUCGUCCUUCCCUAUCACUAUGUACCCUGGCUGGAUGCCACCUUUGCUGCCUUGGGGGCCAUAUUGUUUACCAUGUUUUUGGCAUUUGACACCCAGCUUCUCAUGGGGAACAAGCGCUACUCCAUUAAUCCAGAAGAGUACGUCUUCGCCACUCUCAACCUCUACUUAGAUAUCAUCUACAUCUUCUCCUUCUUCCUUCAAAUCUUUGGAACAAAACGAGAGUAAACCAUAGCCUAACCUUUCUUACUUACAGACAAGGGAUGCACCAGUAUGGCAAUUUAGGCAGACAUGAUAAGAGUCUUUUAACAUUUUGGUGAAUGUGAUGACAGUGCUUCCAGUUGUAACAGCUUUAUUUAUUUAGUUUUUGCCUGAUACUGAUAAGGUCACGAAUACUUUGUGAAUCUCUUGUACAGCUAUCCAUGCACAUGUCAGUAUUCAAAUCCAAAAUGUCAAUAAUCUAUCCCUCUUCUUUAGCAUGUUGUGCACCCACCAUGGGGUUAGAUUACUAGCUUUACCAGCCAGAAACAUUAAGUGAUCGGUGAGCUUCUUCCAUUUAACAUAGAUAAAACAUACUGUUAGUGUUCAUCUGAAGCUGUAUGGGCAAACAAUAGAUGUCAAUGACCUUUAAGAGGUAUCUGGUCUAAAAUACAUUAUGCAUGACUUUAAAAAAAAGCCCUAACAACAAGUAUAUCAUUUUUAUUUAUCUGUGUUUUGUUUUUUUUAAAUAACAAAGCCCUAACAAUCCCACAUACAGUCAUCUCAUCAUUGGACUAAUGCUGUGGGUGUUGAUUUAGUGACUAAAAGCACAAAUGUUGCUUUAAAAAAGCUUCAAAGAUGCAAAAGAGUUUUCCUGUGUUUUCAAUCAUAUCAAAUGUUGUCUCAAUACUGUGAAUUACAAGAAACCUUUGAGGUUAGGCGACAUGUUUUUCUGGCUUUUGAAUGACAAUCUGAAAAUGCUAUUUAUCGGAUUUUGGAUGUUGCCACUCAUCUCAUUUACUGUAUAAUGUGUCUACGUGCUGAUUUUUGCUCUAUUUAACUUUCAUACAUUGUCUUCACAUUGUUGCAGGGUUUAUUAUUAGUAUGUAUUUUGUCUAACAAGUGUUUGAACCUGAAAUUUUUUGAAUGAAGAUUGUUUAAGACUUAUUUUCAUGAAAAAUAGUUUGAACAAAGAUUAUAGUUUUUGUUCUUUAUUAUUUAAACUCAUUCACUUGGUUGGAAGUGGUGACACAUGAUAAUCAAAUAUAAACAUGACAGUGCCAUACAUGCAUGGAUUUACUGAAACUUUUGAUAAGGCCUGCAUUUGUGAAGGGGCUUGAAUGCUAUAUUUCAUGACAUAUGAAGUUUAUUUUUUUAUGACAGAAUGAUAUAUUUCAGAAAGUGUAAUGUAAAAGAGUUUGAAGUUUGAAAUGAAUUUAUAAUCUUAUAAAGUGCCCUUUGAUUACCUUUGUUUGAUGAUAUUGAUGCAGUAUAUUGUUUUAAGGGCACCCUGCAUUUCACUGUAGCAUUGGUGUUACUGUAUUAAUUUAUUAAAUGGUGAAUGUGUGAAUUCAA